GAGAGAUCGAGAUUGGCUAUAGACCUACUUGCUCCCCGGAUCGUGAAGAAGAGGGUCAAGAAGUUUAAGAGGCCCCAGAGCAACCGCAAGAUCUCUAUUAAAGAAAACUGGCGAAGGCCUAAGGGUAUAGACUCUCGUGUCAGGAGGAAGUUCAAGGGAGUCACAUUGAUGCCGAACAUUGGAUACGGCUCAAACAAAAAGAUAAGGCAUUACAUUCCCAAUGGUUUCAAGAAAUUUGUGGUGCACAAUGCCAAUGAACUGGACCUCCUGUUGAUGCAUAACAGGACUUUCUGUGCGGAGAUUGCUCACAGUGUGUCUACUUUGAAGAGGCACAAUGUGUCUACUUUGAAGAGGAAAUCCAUUGUGGAGAGGGCUGCUCAGCUUGACAUUGCAGUUACUAACAAGUUGGCAAGGUUGCACAGCCAAGAAGACGAGUAG